AUGCGGGGGACGAGGACGGGGAUGGUGAGGGUUGAGGGGCUGCUGGAGGAGGGACCAGGAAGAAGAGCCGGGCUGAAGGAAGGAGACCUCAUCGUUGAGGUGGAAGGAAGGAGAACAAGGACGCUCGAUGAACUCGGGGCGGUACUGAGUGAGUUUGGGCAGCAUGGCAAGCUUGUCAUGAUGGUGAAGAAAGACGACGGGUCGAUGGAGGAGGUGGUAGUUGAGAAGGAUGACGCCCUUCCUCUCCCGCGCAUGGAGAAGAGGAGGAGCAUGGAGAGAGUCAGGAGGGCGGAAAGUGGCCCUGUGAAGAGCCCAACGAACAUGGUUGGCUCUGGUGACAAAGCAACCAAGGUCGUGGUUGUGUGCAGACGAGAUCACGUUGGACAGCAACAAAGACAGGACGCUCUGUCUUCUCCUCGGCUCGAGCAGAGCCCGUGCUCCACGAUCCCCCCACGUCCUCGGGAGGGCGAGCGAGGGUUAGCAGACAAGGAGGUAAAGGAGAGGAAGGCCUUGGGCAACCUGAGCAACCUCCCGCCUAGCUCAGCGAGGUCGAAGGCGAGGAGGAGUGCUGAGAAGAAGGAGUGCCGGAGGUCCUCGGUAGUGAACAGCCUGACCAAGAACCCUGACGGAGAAUUCGUGUGCCUGGUGGAGAAUUCAGUAGGGGAUGUGAAUGGGAAGGUAAAAGAAGAUGAGGAGACGAGCUGCAACUAUGACGAGAUCAGUCAAGAGAUCUAUCAGAUGCAGCACCUGCUCUCCCAGAGCUCCAGAGCCAUCGCUGACAUCAAGCAGGGCCUCGGGGCCGCGCCUGAGGACCUUGGGAAGAGGUCGAAGGAGGACUUUGACAUUGUUUGUGAAGCGGUGGAAAAGUACAAAACCCUGCUGGCGGAGUGUAACGGGCGAUAUCAGGAGACAGCUGAGAAGAUGGAGAGAGCUGGAGCCGAGCUAGAGGAGGCGACGAAGAAGUUGGCGAGGAGCGAGGAGGAGAUCAGCGGGUUGAAACAAGCGUUGAAGGAGGAGAGGGAGAGGCUGAGCAAGAGGGAGGAGGAGAUGAAGAAUGUGAGGAGGGAGAAGGAGGAGGAGGUAGGCAGACUGAAGAGGGAGAAGGAGGAAGAGGUGGAGGAGCUGAAGAGGGAGAGGGAGGAAGAGGUGGAGGAGCUGAAGAGGGAGAGGGAGGAAGAGGUGGAGGAGCUGAAGAGGGAGAGGGAGGAAGAGGUGGAGGAGCUGAAGAGGGAGAGAGAGCAGGUGGUGGAGGAGCUGAAGAGGGAGAGAGAGCAGGUGGUGGAGAAGUUGAGGAGAGAGAAGGAGCAGGAGCUCGCGGACCUGACACGUCAGCACGAAGUGCAGGAGGGCCUGAAGAGAGAAAAGGAGCAGGUCGUCGAACAAUGGAGAAGGGAGAAGGAUGAACUGAUGAACGCAUUGAGGAGGAAAGAGGAGGAGAUCGCCGUGCUCAGGAGAGAGAAGGACCAGGAGGCAGAGAAGCUGUGGAGGAAGCAUGAGGAGCUGAACGCGCUGAGGAGGGAGAAGGAGGAGGAGGAGGAUAAGAGGGCGAGAGAAGAACAAGAACAUGAGCAGGUCAGAGCUGAGCUACUCGGGAGAGAGGAGCAGCUGAAGGAGCUGGGGGCCACCUUGGAGGCGAUGGAGAUGGAGAGGCAGCAGGAGCGAAAGUCGGAGGAGGAGCUGAAAAAGUCUAUGGAGGAACUAGAGACAAUGCAGGAGGAGCUGAAGUCUGUGAAGGAGGAGCUGAAAUCCAAGGAGGAGGAGCUGAAGGAGGCGAAGGAAGAGCUGGAGGAGGCGAAGGAAGAGCUGGGGGCGAGGAGAAAGGAGAAGAAAGACUUUGAGGAGAAGCUGGAGCAGCUGAAGAAGGAGAUGGAGGAGAUGCAGAGGAAGGAAGAGCAAGCGCGAGCCGAGCAGACGAAUCAGGCGAAGGAGGAGGCUGGGGAUGAGGAGGCUCGGGGCCAGGCGCGGAAGGAGGGGGGCAUAAGGAGCAUGGAGAAGGAAGUGAAGAGACUGCGAGCUGUGCUGGAAGCAAACUCACUUGCAGCAGCGAGGAGAGAAGAGGUCAUUUCUACCCUCAAGUACGAGAACAAAGUUCUUCACGAGCAGAUAGCGAAGCUGGCGACAGAAUCAGAAGCUCCGAGCCCUGCUGUACACCAUCGCUCUCCUCCUCCUCCUUCCCCUUCCCCCUUGUCCCCCUGCCCCUUGCUCCCUCCUCAGGCAGAGGUGAACAAGGAGAAGGAGGAGGAGCUCUCGCUGCUCCGACGGCGGCUGGGCGCCCUCGAGAAGGACCUGGAGGACGCGCGCAAGUACUCGGCCGAACUGAUUCUUGCAACCUCCUCCUCGCAACCAGAGGUCAAACAGACGUCAACCAAGGUGGAGCAGGAGCAGGAGCAGGAGCAGGAGCAGGAGCAGGAAGGAGGAGAGGCGUCCAGAGAGAAGCUUGCGAGGCUGUCAAGAGUGGCGGAGCUGGCGGUGGAGGCAGCGGCCAAGAGAGAUGAGAAGUUGAGGGAGGAGAGGAGGAGAGUUGAAGAGCUCGAGAGAAAGUGCAGAAGGUUGGAGGACAGAGCGAGGGAAGGCGGGGAGGAACGGGAGAUUUACUUGCCUGUGGAGAGGAGGAAGGGAAUGAUGGUGAUAAGACAAGGGACAUUGGACGCUGCUGGUGGGAAGGGAGAGGAAAAGAUCGAAAACGAGAAGGAGGCAAAGAAGCAAGAAACCUGUCAACAGUUGAAGAGAGAGUUUGAAUGGUUUGUGUGA